AUGGCGAGCGAAGAUGGAUGGUCUUGCAACGCCAACGAUGCGGUCCAUGUUACCGUCAUUCAACCUGGCGAGAAGAAGCCGAAAACACUUUCGACGUUCCACCCCCAAUUCACCUAUCCUAUCUUUGGUGACGAUGAGCAAAUCUUUGGCUACAGAGGCUUAAUUAUCCGUUUGCGUUUUGCGGCUCAUGAUUUGCGCCCUCAUUUACACAUUUCCUACGACGAGAAGUUCAAGUCGGUCGGUGACACAGCUGCUGUCGAUCUUCUCGACACUUUGAAACCCUUUGUCCAAAAAGAGGCUUUCGCCAAUCUCCAAGACUAUGAACAAGCUGUUCAAAACGACCCUGACGCGAAAGAUUUCAAGCCCCCAGGCGAGUUUGUCAUUGGCUACGAGGUCGAAGACAGAAAAUAUGAGAUAUGGGCUGGAUCGCUUGCGAACCCGGAAGUGCGGAGAAUUCUGGAUCGCAUGCAGGUUCUCGUCUCCCUCUUCAUUGAAGCUGGAACUCCCCUAGAGACGAAUGACCCAGAGUGGACACUUGACCGGUGGAGGGUAUAUUUCGUGUAUGAGAAGGUGACUCCUCCGACACCAACAGCAUCAUCAUAUUCGAUCGUCGGAUAUGCUACAACGUACCGCUAUUGGUAUUACCAGCGGGAUCAGUCACAGACCCCCACAGUCAAGAACGACGCGUUCCCGCCACCAGAAGUCAACAUUUCGGAGCUUCCUGCACGGAACCGCAUUGCUCAGUUCCUCAUUCUCCCUUCACACCACCGCGCCGGCCACGGCACUCAUCUAUAUACGACAAUCCACGCGGCCUGCAUCGCAGACCCAACCAUUCUAGAAUUAACCAUCGAAGACCCCAAUGAACAGUUCGACGCGCUGCGGGACACAGCUGAUUAUUGUCUGCUGCGGCCGGAGUUCCUGAAGCACAAUGUGCCCACUUCCGCCCUCAUCCCCACCAAACUGCUCCACGACAUCCGCAAAUCGUUCAAGAUCGAACCUACGCAGUUCGCACACGUUCUGGAGAUGUACCUCCUCGGUCAGAUCCCUCAAAGCCACCGCCUGGCCGGCGGCACAAACCUCGCUCGACUGUUGAUCAAAAAGUUCAAGGCCGAAAAUGAGAAUGACCGACGCUACUACUGGUGGCGUAUGCUGACCAAGCAGCGUCUCUAUAAAAAACACAAAGAACUUUUGAACGAACUGGAGCUUCUCGAUCGGGUGGAGAAGCUUGAUGCUACGGUCCAAAAUGUGGAGGAAGGUUACGAGAUUACAUUGGAUGCGCUCGCGGGCCGCUUGCCAGAAGAUGAAUCGGAUGAAGAGGCAGAGGCCAACGAGCAGGCUAGCAAGGCUCCUACUGGUAGCCGAGACCGGCGUGCCAAGCGCAAGCUCACGGUUAUGGAUGAUGAAGAGGAGGAUGAAACAGAGCUAGCUAAGCGACCAAAGGUUUAG